GCACCGCGGUAGAGGGAACUACUCUCUCCCUCUUCCUUCUCUCUCUCCUUCCCUCUCUCUCCCUCUCGUCCAUCUCCGUGCGGUCGCCUUGCCCUUCGUGUGCCAGCCGGCAGGACAGCCAGCCCAGCCAGCCCAGGGUCUCGGCGAGUGUGUGCAAGACUGGCUGAUUGGCGGGGGGCGGCGUGUGGGGCAGACCUGUGACCCGUUGAGUCUCACGCCCUCCCGCUGCAGGUGUGUGUGUGUGUGUCUGGCCGGUGUGCAGGUGAAGGUCAGACACGGACGGCCUGCGGCCACCAACACCCGGACCGAGUGCUUGCCGCCGCGCCACUGAGCCAGGCGGGACUGUGCCGGGGAAGAGACGCCGCGUGGCGGAGUGUCGGGGCGGGGCGGGGCGAGACGGAACCUGGCUUGACACAUCAAGGAGUGUGAGAUGUUGGCCAGCGUGCGGCCGAGGGCCUCUCGGGGGUGGUGGUGGUGACGUCACCACCGCCGCGUGUUGGGACUACUGCUGUGGGGGGCGGCAGCAGCAGCAGCAGAGUGCCGGCCGGGGGCGGCGACCGGUGGGUGGCGGGCGGGCCCCACCAGGGGCAUGGUGAUGCCGGGCUGGCUACGGGCAGCGACGGAGGUGGCGGCGGCGCGGGCGGCGGCGGCGGCGGCGGCCGGCGAGGAGGGGCCGGGCCAGUGAGCGGCAUGGCGGGGCUCUGCGGCUGUUGGCAGCUGUCCUCGCAUGGCCACUGCGACGGCUGCGGCUACAAGGUGCUGCUGCGGGGCGCCCUCAACCCGGGGGAGCGGCCUGCCCGCCAGGGGAACUCGCCGCCGGUCCUUAUCAAGAAGGAGCGGCGUGAGGAGCCCCCCGCAGCGGGCGACACCCCCAUCCGCCAGCUGCAGGCGUCCCCCUCCCAGCACCGCCGCCACUCCCACCCGCUGCACCUUGCGCCCCUGCCGGGGCCCGCCCUCUCCCACAGCCUGCAGCGUCGCCCGCCCCACGGCCUGCCGCAGUCCUCAGCCUACAAUGUGCCCCUGGAGAACGAGGCCGCCCCCGCAGGCGCGCAGCAGUCGUGCCCCGUGGGGGCGCAACAUGCGUGGGCGGCGGGGGCGGCCUUCCCUCACCAAAUGCUGCUGAGCACGAUGCAACCUCCUGAGGAGCUCCGCACCUCGUCUCGCUCCCGCCAGCCUCCAGCAGCCCCGUCAGCGCCGCCUUCCCCGCGUCCCGCCCUCAGGCCCCCGCCUUUCGAUCUGGGCUCCUUCAUCCCUCCGCUGUCUCCCGGAGGCCUGCGGGGCAUGGAACACGAGGGGGCCAGCUUUUUUUGCGGGGGUGGCGCGCCCGCGUCCCACCUACACACCCGCUACCACGCCCUCAGCCUGGCGCGGGCGUCCUCCCGCUCCCACACCGACCUGCGCGAGGCCCCGCCCCAGUCCACCCCACCCCCUUCUUCCCCUCGGUCCCGCCCACCCUCCCUCUACUGUUCCUUCACCCUGCCGCCCCCGCCCCCGCCUCCCCGCGCCCGGAGAGUCAGCGUGCGCCGCCCGCAGGAGAGCAACAGAAGCCAGCCAGCCAUCGGAUUGAAACAGACGCAGAAAUCCAGGCCCACCAUCUUCGGGACUGUGGCGGGUGACCUGAGCCCAAGGAACCACACCACAAGGGGGUUGCCACAGACGCCCAAGAGCGGAGCCAAGGCGUGUCCAUUCAACGGGGUGGACCACGGGGCCGAUCCGCCAGAGUGGGCCGUGUCCCCAGAUGAUGACAACUCCUUGGUGUACGAGGACGGCGUGCUGGUGUCGGGAUCCCUGCAGGCGCUGGUGCAACAUGCCGUGCCCACCGCCGUGUACUACCCAGACACCGCUUACCUGUUCGCCUUCCUGCUGUCCUCGCGGCUGUUUGUCAAGCCCCACGAGCUCCUGCAGCGGGUGUGCGAGGUGGGCUUCACGCAGCAAGGCCUCAAGGACAAUGAUCUCUCCACCAUUAACAAGGACAAGCUGGGUCGUUUCGUGGCCCACAUGGUGCAGCUGCUCGGGGAGUGGAGCGAAACCUUCCCAUAUGACUUCCGGGACGAGCGCAUGAUGGGCAGCGUGCGCACUAUGACCCACCGCUGCAUCGCCCUUCAGCCUGCAUUGCGCCGCGACGUGACUCAGGUCCUCCAUAACCUCCUCAACAAACUGACGCAGCUGGAGCGAUACGAAGAAGGACUCGCCAAGGCUCCCGCGCCGCCCCUGUCGACUUCAUCUCCCAGGUAGCCUGUGGACAUCACGGAGGUGUGCACGAGUCCUCUGGUGAUGGCGCAGCAGCUGACACACGUGGAACUGGAGAAGCUGUCGUACAUUGGACCGGAGGAGUUCGUGCAAGCGUUCGCCAAGGACAACCUAGACGCGUGCUACAAAGACCUCAAGAAAACUAGUAACCUUGAGUGUUACAUCCAGUGGUUCAACAGACUCUCCUACCUGGUGGCCACGCACGCCUGUAUGCACGUGAAGAGGAAGCAGCGCGUGCGGGUGAUUGAGUGGUGGGUGGAGGUUGGGCGCGAGUGCUUCAACAUCGGCAACUUCAACUCCCUCAUGGGCAUCAUCGCGGGCCUCAACAUGUCCCCCGUGUCACGCCUCAAGAAGACGUGGAGCAAAGUGCAGAGUGCCAAAUUUUCGGUGUUGGAGCAUCAGAUGGACCCCACCAGUAACUUCUCCAGCUACCGCUCCACUCUGAAGGCCGCGAUGUGGAGGUCUGCUGGGGCGGUGGACGAUAGGCAGAAGAUCGUCAUUCCUUUCUUCAGCCUGCUAGUGAAGGAUCUGUACUUCCUGAACGAGGGGUGUGCGAGCAGACUGCCCAACGGCCACAUUAACUUCGACAAAUUCUGGCAGCUGGCGAAACAGGUGACGGAGUUCAUGGCGUGGAAGCAGGUGACAUGCCCCUUUGAGCGCGCCCCGGACGUCAUCAACCACCUCCACACUGCCCACAUGCUCUCCGAAACGGGUCUGGCUCUCGCGUCCUUCGAGUGUGAGGGGCCAGACAACAGCUACGAGAAGGAGCGAUACAAGACACUGAAGGCAGACACGCAGCAGUCAGCAGAGAGAGAGUGAAGCUUAUCUAAAUUCACAACACCGUAAGCUCAUGUCAAAAAAAAAAUGCAAAUCCUGGGCCAGAAAGAUGAAAAAUGCCUCAAACAAAAUAGGAAAUGUGACGAGCAAAAUGUGUUACGUUGCGCAUCUCAGCAAAAGUGCACUCAUCUGAGAAUUAGUGUUAAGCGUGUUUAUUCACAAAGAAAACGUCAGGAAAUGUGAAGAGGCCGAGGAUACGAGGCUCAGGAAGAAAAUGGUAAAUACAAGAAUGGCCAAAAGGCAGAGCACGGAGCCUCCCACCUCGUUUGCUGCGAGGAUGAGGCGACGAGGGUGUCUCCCUUGCCUCCCCUCCCCCACCCAGGCAGGCCGCGGGGAGUGAGCCGAGGCAAAUUGCAUAAAAGGAAAACGGACCUUGAGUCACUGGAAAACGUGGCGUUGUGAGGUGAUGGCGGGGCGUGGCCGAGACCCCCAGGGAGGGCCGGGGGUUGGGGUCGCGGCAGCACUGUGAGGGACAUUGGACUCCGCUGCCAGGAUGGAGGGAGGGCCUCGCUGUCAAUCACUUGACCUCGAUGAAGGCGCGUCUCAGCCAGGAGUGAUGAUGCCCCAAGGUCGUCCUUAAGGGAGUUCCGAUAACUGUAAUAGUGUGAACACCAGGUAGAGGCAUACUCAUGAAAAGAAAAAAGGUGAAAAUAUCGACGAAAAAAUGGUGAAAGUAACUGUGCUGGAAGAACUCGUCAGGAGAACCUGCAACAAAUUUAGAUAAAAAUACCUGUAGUGAACGACAGCAGCAGCAGCAGCCCAGAUCCAGAGGGAAGCUGCUGUGGAUCUUACUUUUUCCUCCUCCACUUCCGUAACGAGCAGUGGAUUCCUUGCCCAUUACUCGCUUUAUGUGCCGGCUCUGCUGCUCGUGUGUGUGUGUGUGUGUGUGUGUGUGUGUGUGUGUGUGUGUGUGUGUGUGUGUGUGUGUGUGUGUGGCCGCGGCUGCCCCACCGUCGCGUCUCUGAGUAGUGGCGGCAGUGGCAGCAGGGCAGAGAUGCGCCCUUGGAUACAGUCGUAAAGACGGGCGAGUGUUGUGGGCAAGGCGUCACGGUGCGUGGCGAGCGUGGCCUCGGAGGACAGUGCGUGAAGCGUGUCGCGAGGCACAGGAUCGGCCAAGGUGAGCGACACGGAUCCGAGCCAACACUUCCUCACUCCACCAGGCAACACCCCGGCCUCCCCACGCUCCCCGUCCCGCCCCGCCCGCCGGUGUAUAAAUGACAACCACAGGAAUAUUUGUAUGUAGAUGUGGUGUCCGGCGCGGCAGCGGCUGGCGGGGCGUGACUGGCGGCAAGACUUCAGAGCCAAGAGAGCCGCGGGUACACUACUGGUUCACCGCGCCCCACCAGUCAGGCGGUCCAGUGGGCACCCAAUGCCGGGGCGGGGCGGGGCUGUACAGUCACUAAAGAUAAGCUUCUUGGUCAUUGACAUUCCACAGAUAGUCAGUCUUCCUCGCUGGUGUGUGGGAGGGAGCUGAUGGCCGCAGCGGCAGCCAUGGAGGAGCGGGCGGCGCGUGCUGGCCCAGCGGUCUGGUGUGUUUAUCGAAUUCUAAUCAUCGUGUAAUUUUUAUUCUAAGGUCUGGAAGAGUUCUUGAGGGAGGAGAGUUUUAUGUUUCAUUAACGAGUUAUAUUUUCUCAUUUUAAUGCUUUGUUUAGAUUUUAUAAUAUAAAAUUAUAUUUUUAUCUUAUUUAUGUGUAUGCAUGUACUUACGAUUUCUGCUGUGUUUGUUCCGUCUUCCUGAUCACGCGUCUGCAAGAAGCGGCUUUGUUCCGCACCUCAUUCCGCCCCGUGCCACGCCACGCGUCUCCCUCAGACGCUCUCACCAGAGUGGUAUUGCUCGUUUUCCGUCCAACGCCUUCCCACAAACACAUUAGGGAAGGACUGGCGGUGGGCGUGAGUGUUCUGAGGGCGGCCGCCUCGCGCGGCGGGACACCACCUGUGUAGAGGGAACGGGAGAGAUGGUUGGCGAAGCACGGCACGGCACGGCACGGGUGUUGCUCUACCAGCAUUUUACUGCAGAUCACAAAAACCAUUUUUUUUUUUUUUAUUUAUUUAUUACAUGCACUGUUCUCAUUGUUCCUGAAGUGCCGCCAGCUGAGGACAUGAGCGUGGUAGCACUGCCUGGGCGACGCUCCCGCCGCUAGUCUGCAUGUCACCUUGCCUCACAUUCAGUAAAGACUGCGUACAAUUAUUUAGUACAAAUAUUAAUUAUUAUCUAAAGCACAGGAUUAUAGAUAAAAUACACAACCCUGUAUUCUGCGCAUAUACAAGAAUUUUUAGCGGAAAUACGGUUUGUCAACUUUUUAAAAUGGAAAUGGGAUUAAACGGGAAUUACACAUUAGGCCAGUCAGAGGGUUGGAGGAGCGGCCUGUGACAGUGUUACCAAGCCCAUGCCCGCCCGCACUGCCUCGCGCCACGCUCACAAAGAGGCGAUACUGCCGCUGCCAGAGUGAACAUAGCCAUCUGUACCCAUUCUCUCUCUCUCUCUCUCUCUCUCUCUCUCUCUCUCUCUCUCUCUCUCUCUCUCUCUCUCUCUCUCUCUCUCUCUCUCUCUCUCUUCUCUCUCUCUCUCUUCUCUCUCUCUCUCUUCUCUCUCUCUCUCUACGAGAUCUGAUUGUUUAUAAUGACUAUUUUCCAAUACAUUUAAAACUAUUCGAAGAGAUUAUAAUGUUGCGAUAAGAGCGACUGUACGUGUGUGAAUGAGUGAUUGAUAUGCCAUCUUAAUUAUUGCACUUGCUGAGUUUGCAUAAGGUGUACACGGUGUGGGUUGUGGUGGUGGUGGUGUGCGUGUGUUUGUGUGUGUGUGUGUGUAACUCCAGUCCUGCAAAUCCUGUGUGCACGUUUCAACUCUGUGGUGUGUGUACAAAUUGUUUAAACCAAAGAUGGACUUAUUCCCCUCAUUACUGGCGUGUGUGUGUGUGUGUGUGUGUGUGUGUGUGUGUGUGUGUGUGUGUCGAGUGCAGUGAAGAGAGACAACCAAUUCCCUGUGGCUCUAUAUUUACAUGUAUUUACCUUGAGUAGAGUCAUAUUGAGAGGGAGCCAGACUGUUUGUGUACACCCGCGGGAAGGUAACACAUCAACCCACCCACCCACCCACCCAGCCAUCCCACACACACACACACACACACACACACACACACACACACACACACACACACACAAAGACACACACACACGAAAAAUAGUUACUCUCCUUGACCCAUGUUUUCUCUCCCUCGAAAGAAAACGAGGGGCGUAUUGGCUUCACGUGUCCCUGCGUAAAAGUUGUGCAAAUGGAUUAAACGGAGGGACGGGACGGACGGGAAGAGAGGAGGAGGAGGAAUUUUGUAGCAUCCGGUUACGUAGUGAAUAUGACAGAGCCGUGGAAGAGGGGAAAGAAAGGGGAAAUAGAACACUGGGAGAGAAGAGGACUGUGGAAAAGGGAAUAGUAAAGAAGAUAGAGGCAGGUGGCAAUUAAAUAGAAUAGGUUAACCUAAAGAAUGUAUGGCAGAGAGAGAGAGAUAGGAAGUUAGUUAAUUGAAUGGACUUUUAGUAAUCUAAUAAUAUGAAGGGAUGUUUAUUGAAUGAAAUGUUGUAGGUACGUAGCAGCGGGAGAGCAAUUAAUCACUCACACUGAAGCUGUCCGUUACUGAGAGGGUCAUACUGUUACCACCUGGCAAAGUGACGUAAUAAUAAUCGGCUUGUUACGGAGGGAGUGUGGAGCGGAAAGAUGUGCUAUGAAUGUGGUGAUGUGGAUGAGAGUGUUAUGAAUGUGAAGUGAUGUGGGUGCAGAGAGAGAGAGAGAGUGUAUCAGUUGUUACGAAUAUAUCUCAGGUGUGCGUCAGGUGUAGGAAUGAGGAGAGAGAGUAUACGGGUGUGUCAUGUGUGGUGGAAGGACUACUUAAGGAGGUGGAGUGCGUGGUGAUGACGUGAGAGAGGGGUGUGUGUGUGUGGUAAGCAAGGCAUUUAGUGCGAAGAAUGAAUAAGUGAAUGAGUGUUUACGAAGUGUUUGAGUGAUGUAGUGAAUAAAAUAGUGAUGUAACAGGCUGGUGGCGGUGUGUGGUGUGGUGCGGGGUGCAUUGGGUGCGUGGUGGUGGUGAAGAGUGAGAACGUGGUGUCAGCGUGGGGAGGUGAAGGGGAAACACUGAAAUGCUUCACACGGGAUAUUGAGUUUGGGGUGAGUGGCGGGGCACGGAAGGGGAUGGAAAAGGACGAGAGAGAGAGAGAGAGAGAGAGGGGGGGGGGUCAGAAGCCAGAGAUACAGAAGGGAGAAAUUCAACUGGGUUCAGUUCAUCAAAUCGGGAAUAGGACAACAGAAUAGGACACUCGGUAGGACAUCAGCUGUAUGGAGGAGAGGGAAGGGGCGCGUUUAUGGCCUAAAUUCACCAUACAAUUUGAAAUAGGGACAGUGUAGGAUAGGACAUGCCAGGCAGGACAUCAUCAACUGCAUCGGAGAGUGACUGUGUGUGUGUGUGUGUGUGUGUGGCUAGUAAUGAAUCAACGAGUGUUAAUAUUCCACCGACAUGAAAUAAUGAAUCAUGCAAAUUACAUACAUUGAACAACAUACCAUAUUCAUACACAGCCCUCGCAUGAACAGCGGCUGACGGAGGAGGAGGAGGGUUGGCAGGGUGGGAGUAACGAAGGGCGUGGAUGAUAAUGCCCUCUAUCCCUACCACGUCACCUUCACACAUCACCGGGCGUCACAGGGCAGUCUGGCUCCCGUCGGUCACCUGUCACCUGUCCACUCACGCCACGACGGUCAGGUUCAUCAGAGGUAGUGGAGUAGAUGUGCCGACAGAAGGUACAGGUAGUAGUAGUAGGUCCUUAACGUGCGUGCGUGCGUGUGUGUGGCGGGCGAAGGAUGUAGAGUAAUCUUGACAGUAAUGAGUAACAGCAGCCGUCUAGCACACUCACUGCACCUGUAAAUAAUAAAAAGAAUAAAGAUCAUUUUGCAGCUUA